AUGCGGCUGUUUGUGGAUGGAAGGGCAGCACUGUCCCGUGGGAGGUCGAGUUGAUUAUGUUGUCUUUCAUGAGGUUCCUUGAUUGGUGAAGCGUGUAGAGGCCAACCGCUGAUAAACCCCACUGAAGAAGAAGAAGAAGAAGAAGAAGAAGAAGAGUGUAGUGCGGACGAAAUGGAGGAAAUUGAGAAAAGUUGGUGAAGUAACAGCUGUGCUGGAAUGCGAACAAUAUGGGUGUCAGUUCUGAUGGUAUGGAGCGGGAGGAUGAGGGUCAAGGACCGGAAUGGUCAGUAGUGGAAAGACAUAGGAAGAAGAGAGAUCAUGAUAUAGAAAGCAGUGGAGCAUCUAGUAAAGAAAGCAUAAAGAGGGCCAAUGUAGGAAGCAAGAGUAGUGAUGUGUUGGAGUGGAAAGUGGUGAUAGUGUUUGAUGAGACCACAGGGCCUCACUUACACCCUAUCCGACUAACUAAUACCAUAGAGAAAGAGAUAGGUGAAGUGAAAUUAGCUUGGUUCAUUGGAAAUGGUAGAUUGUUAAUAUUGUCUGGUAGCCAGCCUCAGCAAGAGACGAUUUUGAAAAUGGAAAAGCUUAAUGGGAAGAAGAUUAAAAGCCAUCUCCCUGGUGCGUAUGCUAGAUUGAGGGGAGUUAUCACUGGAGUCCCAAUAUCUAUGUCCACAGAUGAUAUUAAAGAAAAUGUGAAGGGAGGCAGAGUGAUUGAGGCCAAAAGAUUGAUCAAGAGGGUCAAAGAAGUGAAAGCUUAUCAUUGAUGCUGAGGUUAGAAAAAGUAUUGCCGGGAAAAGUACAGAUAGGAUUCCUUAGUUUCAAUUUGUCCCAUAUGCACUGCAGUGUUUUAAAUGCCAAAGAAUGGGACAUGUAGCUGCUCAGUGUAAAGGAAGGAAAAGAUGUGCCAAGUGUGGAGGGGCACAUGUUUACCGUGAAUGUGGAAGCAAUGUGAAGGUUAAGUGCUGUAAUUGUGGGGGAGAACACAGUGCAGCAUUUGGUGGAUGCCAGGUACAGAGAGAGGCUAGAGAGGCUCAGAGAUAUAGGAUCAGUCAUGAUGUAUCUUAUGCAGAGGCCGUAAAACAGAUUGGUAGAACUACAGUGCGGACUGAUGGAGCUUACAUAGAUGUACCUGUAAUAAGUGGACCUACUGUCGGGGGUGGUGCUUCUGCUGGUCCUGGCAUGGUUUCGAGGACUGUUCAGAAAUCUUGUGCUCAUGAAUGUGCGGUGUCAAAGGACGCUUUGAUAAUGAAUCAAGUUGACUUCAUGGCUUUUAUUGGCAAGGUUAUCAAUACGACUCAGGUUGUGGAAAGCAGAAAUGCCAGGUUAAAGAGAUAUUGGGGUAACAGAUGUUACUGUUGAAAUGGUUGUUGACAUGCUGAACAAUCCUAAGGGUGGAGUGUUUCAGCAUGAUAUAGAUAAAGUUUAAUGGGGUUGGGUAUGGUUGAUUUUCAAGGCAGUACAGAAUUGGGCAGAUCAUGAUUGAUCGUACAUUCCAGCACAGUAGGUGGCGGCAUGCUCUUAAACGAUUGUUUGCGGACCGCCAUAAUAUCAUAGAAAAAGAGGAAGAAGAAGAAAAGGAAGAGGAGGAAGAAGAGAAAGACGGAACCACUCACCCCUAGCGCUUUCUCGAAAACGUGAAUUUAUCGAGACGAAUUGGUAAAAUAGAAUAAGGGAGAAAAGCAAGUAAGUAUAGAACUAUGGAAUUGCAUUAGUUCGGUGUUGUUUUUGUAAUUUAUAGCAAAGAAACGUGGAAUGUGAUGAAUGCUAGCCUGUACAUUAUCGUAGCCAUUUACUGUAGCUUUUAGCUAUGUAGUGUAGCUACGUUGGUAGAGCAUGGCGCUUGCAACGCCAGGGUUGUGGGUUCGAUUCCCACGGGGGGCCAGUAUGAAAAUGUAUGCACUCACUAACUGUAAGUCGCUCUGGAUAAGAGCGUCUGUUAAAUGACUAAAAUGUCAAAUGUAGUCCGCUAGCCCAGACUGAUUCCUAAUAGGACCCGGAAUCAAGCUGAUGAAGCAGAUUCAGUGUUUUGUCAACUAGUUAGCUACAUAGGCCACAUCGAUCAUGUUUACAUUCCUAAAGAUCGCAAAUUAUUUGAUCAGUCUCCAAACUUGGCUAGCUCAGUGGCCUUGUGGUUAGGGUCUGCCCUGAGAUUGGAAGGUUGUGAGUUCAAUCCCUGGCCGAGUCAUACCAAAGACUGUAAACAUGGGACUUGAUGCAUCUCUGCUUGGCACUCAGCAUUAAGGCGAUAGAUUGGGGGUAAGGCCCUGCGAUAGACUAGCGUCCUGUCCAGGGGGUGUACUUGCUAAAUAGCCUCACGGGGGGGCAGUAUGAAAAAUGUACGCACUCACUCAUUGUAAGUCGCUCUGGAUAAGAGCGUCUGCUAAAUGACAAAAAAUAAAUAAAAAUUAAGCUGCCUCGUUCUACAGAAACAGUAGAUAGGGCAGGAGCCUAUGAGCCGUUCCGGCUCGCACAAGCCAAGGCACUUACUAACUUGGCUAGCUACCUAGCUGAUGUUUACAUGACUAAAACAAUGGAUAGCCAGCUACAAUGGCUAGCUAGCAAAGACUGUUGCCUUAAUUUCACAAGGUUAGCCUAUUUUAAAGUAAUAAUCUUCAAAAUCAAGGUUUAAAAGCACCAAUGAUGAGCAAGCCUGGGUACCAUCAUGCCACUCCUUGUCAUGCCAAACUGUUUGGCAUAUGUCACGGAGUACAAGGAGUGUAAUGUUAACACAAACAGAUACCCAGGCUACCAAUGAGAAGCUGAGGUGGAAAUAUUAGCAAUAAUCAUUUGUGGUUUAACAUGUUAAUGAAUAAUUUCCCAUAUGAGAGGCAGUGCAAUUUUAAGGAGUAAUGGCAUUACAUCACUGAUAUAGUGUACCUAUAUGCACACAGUACCAAUAUUGCUAAUCACAAUAUUCUUUGUGUUUACAGGUCAAUGGUUGGUUGGUAGUGGGACCUCCUUGCAGCCUUUAUCACGUGAGGGACCAGCUAGCCUGCCUUACUACAUUCUACACAGAUUCUGUCUCUGGAGAAAUUGGAGGGACACAAACGUUGGUAGUAACAGAUCCACCUCCUCUGAAUCCAGGGAAAUGUUUUCCCCUGGGAAAAAAAAACGGUUGACUGAGCAAAGGUAAGAUGAUCACAUUCACCACACAGUAAGAACAGAUGACCAGAUCAAAAUGAGUCUAUGGAAAAUGAAUGUGUCAUUUGGAAUACACAGUAGGGCAUGUUCAUUGAAGUGUUAGUAUUUCAUAUUGCACAGAGACCUGCCCUAUAGAAAAUAAGAAAUACUUUUAUUUGCCAAUUUGACAGGAAAGCCUCUGCCUCCCAUGUGGGGGAACUCCGCAAUAAGUUAAAAGCCAUCCUGAAGAAAAAGUAUCAAAGUCCGCCAGGGGGGGAGACUGAGCAUCCAUUUUAUAUACAUUGCGAUCUCCACUAUCAAGCUGGUGAAAGUAGCAAGGGGAACCAACAUGAGUAUAUUUUAACUGAGCCAGGCUACAGGAGAAGACACCAAGGAACAUGCUCAUCCCUAAACUCAGGAGUCGAUGAGCCUAUCAGAACAGCUCUGACAAAGGGCGUCUCUGGUAUUGGCAAAACUAGCCAGGUGCGUCAGAUCAUUCUUAACUGGGCAGAGGGAAAAGGAAACCAGGAAGUCCAUCUCAUAUUUCCCCUUCCUUUCCGGGAGCUGAAUUUGCUGAAGGAGAGACUGAGUCUGAUUGAACUUCUUUACGAGUUUUUCCCAGAAUUGAAAGAACCUGGAAUUUCCAACUUGGAGAACUGCAGAGUUGUGUUCUUCCUUGACGGUCUGGAUGAAUUCCGUCGUCCUCUCGACUUCAAGAACAGCCUGAUGGUGACCGAUGUCACAGAGGCUUCCUCCGUGCCGGCACUGCUGACAAACCUCAUUAUUGGUAAUCUUCUUCCCUCCGCCGCUCACAUAUGGAUUACCUCCAGACCUGCGGCAGUCAGUCGCAUCCCUCUUCAAUACAUUGACAGAGUGUCAGAAAUCGAAGGCUUCACCGACUCACAGAAAGAGGAGUUCUUCAGGAGAGCAAUCAAUGACAAGAACCAGGCUAAAGCUGUUAUCACCUACUUGAAGAACUCGAAGGGCCUCUACGACUUGUGCCAGAUACCUUUUAUCUGUUCGAUCUCAGCGUCCAUACUCGAGAAACAGACAUAUGUACCCGACAAAACAUGCGAACCUGUCGCACUAACUCCAUUAUUCAACGACCUACUCAUCCUGUUACAAAUGGAGCGCCGCAAUGUAAAGAUGGUUGAUGAAUUGGGGGAUCUAGCCUUUAAGCAAUUGGUGAAAGGCAACACAGUUUUCUACGAGGAAGACCUACGAGAGUGCAACAUUGAUGUCCAAGUGGCAGCCAUGUACGCAAAAGUGAACAUACCCAUCUUCAGGGAGGAUAUUGGGCUGCACCAAAAGAAGAUGUACUACUUUGGGCAUACUACCAUCCAGGAGUUCUUCGCCGCAAUGCGGUUUCUUCAAUCUGUUGGCAGCCAAGAUGAAAACCGUGCUGACGAACGGAAAACCAAGAUCGAGAGAACUCUCUGGUUUUUUGGAGAUGCCACCCAACUCAAGAGCGCGGUGGACAUGACUUUGCGGAGCAAGACCGGACAUAUGGACCUCUUCCUUCGCUUCCUCCUCGGCAUUGCGCAGAACUUUAACCAGAUGUUUUCAGAGGCUGGUUUCACCUCGUCUACUGCCCUUCCGGAAAUGUUAGAGUACAUCAAGAAGAAGGUCAUGGAGAAUCCCUCUUCACCGAGGACCCUCAACUUGCUGAACUGCCUGAGGGAACUGAAAGACUACUCUCUAGAAACUGAUGGCAUGCGCUUUCUCGAGACGGGAAUCCCCCCAGAUGCCAAAUAUCCACCUGCACAUUGGUCCGACCUGGCCUCUCUGUUAGUGGCAUCGAAGUCUGGGUCGACAGACAUGUUUGGGUUGGAAGUAGAGAACAGAGGAGACAAGGAACUUCUGAGGAUGCUGCCAGUGAUCAAAGCUUCCCAGAGAGUCAUGUAAGUACUUGGUCAUUUAAUAAUACCAGCUAUUAUACAGUGCCCUCCACUAAUAUUGGCACCCUUAUUAAACAUGAGCAAAACGGCUGUGAAUGUUUUUCUUUAUUUAUCCUCUUGGCCUUUCAUUCAAAAAAUGUACAAAAAUCUAACCUUUUAAUUAAUGUAAAAUAAUUGAAAGAAAAAAUAUUCUUAUCAUAAAACAAAUAUUUCUCUCAUAUGUGAGCCACAAUUAUUGGCACCCCUUUAUUCAAUACUUUGUGCAACAUCCCUUUGCCAAGAUAACAGCUCUGAGUCUUCUCCUAUAAUGCGUAAUGAGGUUGGAGAACACAUGGCAAGGGAUCUGAGACCCUUCCUCCAUACAGAAUCUCUCCAGAUCCUUCAGAUUCCAAGGUCCAAGCUUGUGGACUCUUCUUCAGCUCAUCCCACAUGUUUUCUAUUGGGUUUAGGUCAGGGGACUGGGAUGGCCAUGGCAAAACCUUGAUUCUGUGGUCAGUGAACCAUUUUUGUUUUGAUUUUGAGGUGUGCUUUGGAUCAUUGUCCUGCUGGAAGAUCCAACCACGGCCCAGUUUAAGCUUCCUAGCAGAGGCAGUCAGGUUUUGAUUUAAUAUCUGCUGGUACUUGGAGUCCAUGAUACCAUGAAUCCUAACAAGUUGUCCAGGGCCUUUGGAAGAAAAACAGCCUCACAACAUCAAAGAUCCACCACCAUACUUUUCAGCAUGGCCAUCUUUCUGUCUAUGCCAAACCCACUGGUGUUUGUUUCCAAAAAGCUAUAUUUUGGUCUCAUCUGACCAUAGAACCUGGUCCCAUUCAAAGAUCCAGUUACGUUUGGCAAACUGUAGGCGCUUGAGUUUGCUGUUUGAUGACAGCAAAGGCUUUUUUUAUGGCAACCCUCCCGAACAACUUGUGGUUAUAUAGGUGUGGCGUCUGAUCGUAGUUUUGGAGACUUUCUGACCCCAAGACCCAACUAACGUCUGCAAUCCUCCAGUUGUGAUCCUUGGAUAUUUUUUGGCCACUCUAACCCUCCUCCUCACUGCAUGGGGGCAAUAUAGACACACGUCCUCUUCCAGGCCAAUUGUUAACAUCUCCAGUUGCUUUACAUCAACAAUCCCGUCUGGAUUACUGCAACUCGCUGUUGGCUGGGCUCCCUGCCUGUGCCAUUAAACCCCUACAACUCAUCCAGAAUGCCGCAGCCCGUCUGGUGUUCAACCUUCCCAAGUUCUCUCACGUCACCCCGCUCCUCCGCACACUCCACUGGCUUCCAGUUGAAGCUCGCAUCUGUUACAAGACCAUGGUGCUUGCCUAUGGAGCUGUGAGGGGAUCGGCACCUCUGUACCUUCAGGCUCUGAUCAGUCCCUACAUCCAAACGAGGGCAUUGCGUUCAUCCACCUCUGGCCUGCUGGCUCCCCUUCCUCUGCGGAAGCAUAGUUCCCGCUCAGCCCAGUCAAAACUGUUCGCUGCUCUGGCACCCCAAUGGUGGAACAAGCUCCCUCAUGACGCCAGGACAGCGGAGACAUUUGAAACCCCACCUCUUUAAGGAAUACCUGGGAUAGGAUAAAGUAAUCCUUCUACCCCCCCCCCCCCCCCCCCCUAAAAUAAAAAAUAAAUAAAAAAAUAGAUAUUGUAAAGUGGUUAUCCCACUGGCUAUAGGGUGAAUGCACCUAUUUGUAAGUCGCUCUGGAUAAGAGCGUCUGCUAAAUGACGUAAAUGUAAUGUAAAUGUCUUUAAACUUCUUAAUUAUUGCCCUGAUAGAGGAAUUGGCAUUUUCAACUGUUGAGCUAUUUUCUUAUAGCCAUUUCCUGAUUUGUGCAGCUCAACAACCUUUUGUUGCACAUCAUUACUGUGUUCUCGGGUCUUUCCCAUAGUGAUGGAUGACUAUGGGAACUUGAGCUGUGUGUCACCUCAUAUUUAUACCCCAGUGAAACAGGAAGUCAUGGCUUACCACUUAAGUGUUCCUAAUCACUCAGGUGAAUUUAGCGUAAAAUAUGAAUGGGAAUAUACUUCAGUUAGAUUUUUUUCACAGCCCGUUUUGCUCAUAUUUACCAAGGGUGCCAAUAUUCGUGGAGGGCACUGUAUAUCGAUAUGAAAUGUCCGUAACGCACAAGAUAAUUGUCAUCAAAAUGAUGUAAUUCAAGUUUGUUGGGCUCGUCUUACAGUUUUGGUGGUUCAAGUGGCUACUAGUAUGACUUCUAAUGUUCUUUUUCCUUAAACCCUCCCCACCAGGCUGUCAUAUCACAACCUGACUGAGAAAUCCUGUGAAUGUCUGGCUUCGGCGCUCACCUCAAAGGUGUCCAAUCUGAAAGCUCUGGACCUGAGUUUCAACACGCUGAAGGACACCGGAGUGCAGCUACUGGCGACCGGCCUGGCCAAGCCACACUGCCGACUGGAGAGACUGAACCUGUCCGGCUGCAGGGUGAAACAGGAUGGCUUUGCUGCUCUGGCCAAAGCUCUCAAAUCCAACCCCUCGCACCUGCGAAAGCUGGAUCUGAGCGGCAACGAACCGGGAGAAUCGGGGGUGUUUCAUCUCAUUGACGGACUAAAGGUUGUUAAGUGCGAACUGCAGAUCCUGAAGUGAGUAUUGAAUCAAUGAGUAUUAAAUAAAUGUCCACAGAACCUGUUGUUCUGAUUAUGUGUAGGCUUGCUUUACCCCCACUUGUAAUAUCCUUCGGUAAGGAAAUACAGUUGUUGUCUUCUAAUUUUAUUUUAAUCUUUAUUAGGCUUUCAAACUGCAAGCUGGGCCUGGAGCUGUGCCAGGCUCUGGCAGUGUUGCUGAUCGACAACCCCAGACACCUGAGAGAGCUGGACAUCAGUCUGAACAACCUGGGAGACAGGGGGGUGGAGCUGCUCAUGGAUUUACUGAAGUUGACCCAGAUUUACAAAUUAGAGUGGGUACCAAUAAGGGACUGAAUGUGUAUUGCGACCACACACUGAAUCAGAAGUCGAAUAUUCACUGUAAUAAAUGAACCAUCUCCUUUCAACCAGGUUGUACUGUUGUCAGCUCACUGAGAAAUGCUGUAAGCACAUGUCUGGAUGUCUGGUGAACAUCCCCAGUCUGAGGGAGCUCAACCUGAGCAACAACAACCUGAAGGACGAGGGGGUCAAGAUGCUCUGCAACGCCUUCGGACUGCCCGGCUGUCAACUGGAGAAACUCAAGUAAGUUAGCUAGCUCACGGAGAGUUGUGCCCAAUUCCAUGUACACCAGAUUAAAUCAAUUUAGACAAUUUUGGCGGGCCAAAACAAAUCACUUAUGGGCCGAAUUUUGCCCGCUGGCCGCCAGUUUGCUUUGCUGGCCAUAUGAGCUGAAUAGCAUAACACAUUCAAACUUAGCGAAUUUGUAUAUGAAAUUUGUAUUUUUGCUAUCUUAUCAUUUUCCAAACUCCUUUGAUACCAUACAUGCAUAUUAAAUAAUAAAAUAAUUGAUUAAUUAAUCAAUGAAUUGACAUUGAAGAGUGUUGCCCUUCUUCCGUCUCUUCAGUCUGGCGCGCUGUGGCUUCACGUCUGAAGGCUGUCGUUGGGUGGCUGGAGGGUUCAGUUUUGGCCCCACCUUCCUCAAACAGCUGGAUAUCAGCAGGAACCACCUGGGUGACUCGGAUGUUGCCGCGUUCUUCCUGUUCCUCAAAACGAUACGCUUUUCACUGGAGACCCUACGGUGAGUACAGUGAUUAGACUGUACAAUUGUAGAAGGCCUAACUGUUCACCAUUGAUUAGUUUAGUUGAUAGAUAUAUUUUAUAAUUGAAAUGGCACAUCAGUGAACAAAACUACUGAGGAUUUAAAGGGACUGUACACUCAAAUCAAAUGAGACUACUUUGGAUGUCUAAACAUUUAACAAUCUUUGAUUUUGGACUGUAAUGUUGUGUGUAUUUGUAGAAAAUUUGCUCAAAUGUUAAAUAGUCUCCCCCCCCACACACACACACACAAACCUAGAGUGAGUGACUGUAAGCUGACAGAGCGAUGCUGUCCGGAGCUGGUCGAAGCUCUCAGCUCCAAGCUCACCAACCUGAAAGAGCUGGAUCUCUCUAGAAACGAACUGGGAGACAGCGGUGUAAAAACAAUCUGCAUGGGACUGACCUCAACAACCUGUAAACUGGAGAGACUGUUGUAAGUAACAUGUUGACAGUGUUCAUACUGUAUUAUAAGGAUAUUCACAAAAAAAUGCAUUUAUAAUGCCUUGUUGAAUGAGGUGAAGUGAAUAUCCUCUGUCUCUCCCCCCCCCAGUCUGAGAUGCUGUGGGAUCACAGCAGAGGGCUGCUCCUCCCUAGCCUUAGCCCUGAAGUCCAGCCACUCCAGCAUCACAGAGCUAGGCCUGAUGGGAAAUGACACAGGAGAAGAUGGACUGAGAAUUCUCUCUGCCAUCAGGGACGACCCACGCUACAAACUACAGACUCUAGAGUAAGUACUGGUGCCAUCGAAGCUCAGAAAAGUUACCUGUUAAUGUUAUCAUACAAACAGUGUAAAAUGUUUUUUUCUUUCUUGAACUUGAAAGAUAUUCUCUAGAUAUACUCUAGAGAUGCUGCCCUCUUGCUUUAGCUUCUUUGAGAAAUGUUACCAAUAGGUUUUUGUCUACGUAUUCAUAAUUUGUAGGCCUACAUUAGUGCGAUGUAAUGAGCUUGGCCUACAGGUUUUAUUUGUUAUUAGUCCAUUUGUUAAAGUUAUUCUUCUUUCCAGAAUAAACGAUUGAGAGUGGCUUUGCUCGCUGGAGGUGGUUCUCGGCUCAACCUUUUCCCAAAUCUGGAGUGAAGUUACUUAAUGAGGAACACUCUGGAGUGAAGAUACGAAAAGAUUGGCUCACAAGACUCGACACACAGUACUUUCAGGUCAACAGUAGGCACUUGACCUGCUUUGGACCAAAUUGACUGAUUCACUGACUUUUGAACCCUUUUAAAAUACCUUACAGUGUCAUGCAGUGAGCUGUAUCCUGGCUGCUCACACUUGAACAGAAGGCCAAUGAUUAUUAACCUAGAAACAGAUAUUGGCUGAAAGUGGCUGAAAUGACACACACAGUGUUACUAACUCUGUUCCUCUGGUCUUGCUACAUUAUCAACCCAUUUAGCCUUUGCAGAAGCUUUACAAUAUGUUUUGCACGUUAAUAUGUACACCAGAAUGUAUAGCCUUUGUAACAGGCACCUCUGCUCCUCAAACACACGUGACCGGCCUCUUGAGAACGUUGUCUUAGCCAACUACAGUACGAAAUGCUAGCAGUUUGGUGGAGUGAGGUUACGAAUCCAUUUCAGUCACGCAUUCUCUGAGGGAGAAGGAUGAUGCAGUGUUUUUCAUUUUAACACUGGCACAUUACCUUGGUUUAGUCUUGUUUUUCAAUGUUUUUUAUUUAUUUUAUUUCUUUUGAAAGUGCGUUUUCAUCAAGAUGACCAAAUGUAUCAGAAUGUAUACAGUAGUACAACUCUGGGUUGAUUUACUAUUGUUGGGUUCAAUGUACAUUUUACCCAAAUAUACCUAGCUACAGUGAGGGGGGGAAAAAAGUAUUUGAUCCCCUGCUGAUUUUGUACGUUUGCCCACUGACAAAGACAUGAUCAGUCUAUACAUUUAAUGGUAGGUUUAUUUGAACAGUGAGAGAC